AUGGUGUGCGUGCCCUGUUUUAUCAUUCCACUGCUGCUUUACAUUUGGCACAAAUUCGUUCAACCGAUUUUGCUGCGCUACUGGAAUCCCUGGCAAAAGAAGGAUGCCGAGGGCAAUGUGAUCAAGAAGGGUCCCGAAUUCCCCUUCGAGUGCAAGGGCGGCGUCUGUCCCUUCGUUCCGGGGGCCAAGAAAUCCGCCGCUGACGGUGAUGCCGAUUCCAAGGAUUGCGACAAUCCUCACACAACGAGUACAACAACGUCACCGGAAACGGAAGAAACUAAAAAGGAAAUCUAGUCGACAUUUUCCAAAAACUAUAUUCUAAUCUGUAGUCCUGUUUUUUUUUUUUUUUUUUGUUUGCUUGUCUGUAAGAUAAGAAAAACGCACACUCAACACAACUAAAAUGUAACGUCAUCAUGCGAUGUGCGGUGGGCGGCGGUCGGUUUGGGGGUGUGGCCUUAAGGGAGCAACAAGAUCCCUUGCCGACAAAUUAACUUAAAUUAAAUGUACACCUUUGACAACACGAAAAA